GGUAAUUAUUUCUAUAAAGCCCAUAGCACAGUGCCUAGCAUAAAGUAAGCACUCAAUGAAUGUUAUUUUCUUUUUUAAGACACAGGAGCUUACUACCAGAAAAUGUACCUGUCUUACCUGGAAGGGACAGAACAGUACAACAAGAAAGGCCAAUGGGCCAGUUACGGUGGCUCACACCUGUAAUCCCAGCACUUUGGGAGGCCGAGGGGGGGUGGAUAACAUGAGUUUAGGAGUUCGAGAACAGCCUAGCCAACAUGGCGAAACCCCGUCUCUACUAAAAAUACAAAAAUUAGCCAGGCGAGGUGGCGCAGGCCUGUAAUUCCAGCUACUCCGGAGCCUGAGGCAGGAGAAUUGCCUGAACCCUGGAGACAGAGGUUGCAGUGAGCCAAGAUCGAACCACUGCACUCCAGCCUGGGUAACAGAGGGAGACGCUGUCUCAAAAACUAAAAAGGCCAAUCAGAAAACAGAAAUAACGGUGUAUCUCACUUCUAGACACAGACAUAUGGGGAUGUAUGUAUAUGGAGGGCCUGGCAGGCACCUGUAGUCCCCCUUUUUCAGUUUAGAAAACAUUUCUGUCCUGCAGGCCGGGUGCUGUGUGCGCCGCGAUCCACAUUUGCAGGACCAGGGAUGUUGUGCUGCUCUCCAAUGAGGCAGUCACCGAGUCUGUCUACUGCAGCCCUUUCUGAACCUCUGGCUGUCUGGACGCUCCACUGUGCUCCUUACCAAGAUGAAGUGCAUCUUGGUGGCCACUGAGGGCGCAGAGGUCCUCUUCUACUGGACGGAUGAGGAGUUUGAAGAGAGUCUCCAGCUGAAGUUCGGGCAGUCAGAGAAUGAGGAAGAAGAGCUCCCUGCCCUAGAGGACCAGCUCAGCCCCCUCCUAGCCCCGGUCAUCAUCUCCUCCAUGACGAUGCUGGAGAAGCUCUCGGACACCUACACCUGCUUCUCCAUGGAAAACAGCAACUCCCUGUAUGUCCUUCACCUGUUUGGAGAAUGCCUGUUCACUGCCAUCAAUGGCGACCACACCAAGAGCGAGGGGGACCUGCAGCGGAAGCUGUACGUGCUCGAGGCAUUUCUCAAAUGCACAAACAUUGUUUCAUGAGUCAUUUUAGCCCAGAUAGGUCAUGGUUUCAGUGGCAAAUGCUGCAGGUGGUAGAUGCCUGUUACAUCAACCACAUUGGCCAGUGCAGACCUUGCCAGCAUCCGACAUGGCUGCAACCCUGUGUAGGGCCCUGAUGAUAGACCAGACCUUUCUGUGUUCAGUGGCCUCUGUGUGAGAAGCUUAAGCACCACCCUCGCUCUCUCUAGCUGGCUUUAUAUGACAUGUGUUUGUGUGACAGAGAUUGAAGAGUGAGGUGAUUUGCUCAGCUGCCUGCCUUCUGGCUCCGUGCCUAUCCCACCCCACUCCACAGCUAGAGCUGGGCCAGAAACCCGACCCGCUUUCCCAGCUGUGUGGGCAGGUCACAUGGGCUCACCUGGCUCUAACACUGAGCUGGGACGCUGGUCCUUUUGUUGGGUGUGGGAGAGACCAGCUUUCUCGUGGUCUCUCCCGCCCUCUCUGGCUCUGCCCUCAGGCUGCGGCCCCCAGACCUGGGGCAGCGUGUCCAGCUGUGGGAGCACUUUCAGAGCCUGCUGUGGACCUAUAGCCGCCUGCGGGAGCAGGAACAGUGCUUCGCCAUGGAGGUGAUUACUGGGCGCAGGAGUCCUCAGGACUUGGAGCUGUCAGGUCAGAGGCGGCCUCCAGCUUUAAGACCAUGUUUUAACCCUAAUGAGUGAAGGCACAAGCAGCCCCUGAAACUCGUGUAUUCAGACAGAGUUGUUCUUUCUGGCCAUAUGGAGGGUUGGGUACUCUGAUGGGCUUUCCCAUGGUAAAACAGCUCGUUCCUGGAUAAUACAGACUUUUAAUGUAAUUUUUGAGUUCACUGUAAAUUACAGAAAUCUUUGAAGACAGUUCCUUCAACCCUCCCCUCCUCCUCCCACAAAAUUAUAUUGAGCUGGAACAGGAGGGAAAAGCAGUGGAGAAGAACACAGCGCUAAAGGUAAGAUUGCCCUGACUGCAAAUGAUACCAGCACUACAGGCAGUAAACAGCCUUAGGCCAGCAGCAGCAUAGUAAAGCUGAGCCUGCAACUCUAGUUUAAGCCCAGCCCCAAAAAGUUAAAGUGGCUGCUGGUCCUUUUAUAAGGCAUAGUCAAUAAAAAACUAAAAAAUUAAAAAUAAAAACUAAAGUGGCUGCUGGUCGGUAGCACUCCUUGGCUUCCUAAAGAGGUAAACCAAAUUAUCUUGCAAGCAGUGGUUUUCAUACGCCAGUGUGUGUCAGAAUCUUCUAUAGGGCUUGUCAAAUACAGGUUACUGGGCCUCACUUUCAGCAUUUCUCAUUUAGCAAGUCUGGGAUGGGGGCUCUAGAACUUGCAUUUUUUUUUUUUUUUUUGAGACGGAGUCUCACUGUGUCGCCCAGGCUGGAGUGCAGUAGAGCGAUCUCUGCUCACCGCGACCUUCCGGGUUCAAGUGAUUCUCCUGCCUCAGCUUCUCGAGUAGCUGGGAUUACAGGCAUAUGCCACUACGCCUGGCUAAUUUUUGUGUUUUUAGUAGAGAUGGGGUUUCACUAUGUUGGUAAGGCUGGUCUCGAACUCCUGACCUCAUGAUCCACCCACCUCAGCCUCCCAAAGUGCUGGGAUUACAGGCGUGUGCCACCGUGCCCAGCCCUAGAACUUGCAUUUCUAAAAAUUCCCAGGUGCUGUUUAUUGUGCUGGUCCAGGAACCACACUUUGAAAACCACUGCUAAAGUAGGACAGGUUAAGAUCGAACAAAUGUGAACUCACAACUGAAGAAAAUCAGAUACAGAAGAAAAUAAGCCACCAUGAGUGAGAGUCAGGAAAAUCAAUCACCAGCAGAUUUAGAUCCCAAGGCACUUGAUACAUUGGAACUA